UUUUUAAAUACCCUUAUCUCUUUAAAAAAUCUCUCUCCCAUCUCUUCUCUCCCUUCAUAAACCCCCCACAAUUUAAAUAAAAAAUAAUUGGUCCGGAAAAUUGACGAAAAAAAUUGAAAGAGAAAAAAAAAGAAUCUGUUGAUUGCGGGUGUUAUGUUUGGAAAAAAUUUUGUAAAUAAAUUUACUCUUGUAUUUUUGUUAUUAAUUUUUCAUCAAAAUUCUAAUAUUUUUAUUAAUUCUUUGGAAACGGUUGGAUUUAAAUUGACCUUUAAAGAAGAACCAGACAAUCCUCCUCCACCUCCAUUAAUGCCUGUUGCUGUACCUCCACCAAAAAAGGCAAAUGUUGUUCAAGUAACAAUUUAUAUGGAAGCACAAUGUCCAGACACAACGGGUUUUAUCAGACGCCAAUUAUUGCCUUCAUGGUCGAGGCUAUCGUCUACUCGAAGAUUAAACGUAACUCUUGUGCCUUUUGGAAAAGCUAGUUGUGUAGCUGAAGAGGAUGAUUACAAAUGUGACUGCCAACACGGAAAAGACGAAUGUGAAUUGAAUCAAUUAAUGAAUUGUGCAAUAGAACAUUUACCAGAUCCAGAAAGCCAUAUUCCUUUAAUUGGAUGUGUUCAAGGCAAAGACAAUUUAAUUGCAGCUUUUAGAAGUUGUUUAAAUGGACAUUCUUCUUCUGAUUUAUUAUGGACUUGUUCUAUAGGCAAACUUGGCCGCCGCCUUCACGCUCUCGCUGGAAACAAAACAAUUUCUAUCGGUGAUUCUUUUAAUUUUGUUCCAUGGGUUGUUUUGGAUGGUCAAAGGGAAAAUGAUGCAUUUUAUGCUUUAGAAGAGAAUCUCUGUAAACGGAUACAUGAUCCAGUACCAAAACAAUGUCUCAAGUUUUUGUGA